ACCCAGCCCCAGGGCCUAGGCCUCAGAUCACCAAACACCAGGGAAGACUCCUGGAGGCUCCUGGCUGAGGGUCAGGAACCUGGAGGAAAUCUGAGUGGAAGAAAAGGCAAAAUGGACACAGCCUGCACCCCUGGGCCACAGGAAACAACGGAAUUAUUCCCCCCCCCCUCCCCACUUGGUGGUGCAAACUGAAGCCAGGGUCUUUAUACUGAGCUACAUCCCCAGCUCUGUUCUUACAUUUUUAAAGUUUGAGACAGAGUCUGGCCAAGUCACUAAAUUGUCCAGAAUGAGACUGAACCACGAUCUUCCCUUAGCCUCACGUAGGGCUGGGAUUACAGGCUUUUGACAGGGCACCUGGCUAAAACAACAGGGUUUUUCGGAUCCACUGGCUGCUGGGCCACGUCCACGGGAUACGGGUGACCGGCCUUUGUAGGAGCGGAACGCCGCGUCACGUGGUCUCCAAGCAUCCCAGGGCACAAGAGGUCAAACUGGAAGGAGGGGGCGUCCAGGGCCCGCCCCGCCCCGCCCCCUCUCCCUGAGGGGAGGGGGUGCCACCUCACCCCAGUUCAGGUAGGAAGCGCAGGAGAGGACGUUGCCAGGGGCGAGAUGCGCCUGCUGCUCACCGCUUUGCUACUGUCCCGGGUGGGACCUGGGAAACCAGCACUACUGGGAGAAGACGUGAUGGAAGUUAUACCAGGUCCCUGUGGCCUUCGAACCGUCCCCUCGCGCGUGGUGGGUGGAGAAGACGCGAAACUGGGGCGCUGGCCGUGGCAAGGGAGCCUCCGUCGAUGGGGCAUUCAUAACUGCGGGGCGAGCCUGCUGAGCCACCGCUGGGUGCUCACUGCCGCCCACUGCUUUGACAGCACAUUUUUUCCCUAUCAGUGGUCAGUCCAGUUUGGUGAGCUGACUGCAGCACCAUCUCUCUGGAACAUACAAGCCUACUAUAAUCGCUACCAAGUGGACAGGAUCUUUCUGAGCCCCAAGUACACAGGGGUGGUUCCUUAUGACCUCGCUCUGCUGCGGCUGACCUCCCCUGUCACCUACAGUAACUACAUCCAGCCUGUCUGCAUCCCGUCCUCCACAUCCAAGUUUGAGAACUGGAAUGACUGCUGGGUGACUGGCUGGGGGGACAUCAAACAGCAUAAGAGUCUGCCGGCUCCCUAUACUCUCCAGGAAGUGCAGGUCAGCAUCAUCAGCAACUCCCUAUGUAACCACCUCUUCCAAAAACCAAUCUCCCGUAUGGACAUCUGGGGAGACAUGGUGUGUGCUGGUGAUGUCGCAGGUGGCAAGGAUGCCUGUCGUGUGAGUGUCCCCAGCCCCACUGUUCUCAUCCCUAAACUCAACAACAAUCUGUCACCGCCCUUUGAUCUUUGCCCUCAGUUUGCAGAUACAGAAACUGAGGCUCUGUCACUGCCAGAGGAGGGUACAGCUUCACAGAUCCCAGCUCUCCCAUUCUCUCUGCUAGGACCCCCACCCCCAACCCAGGCUGGGCUUACCCAUGCUGCUCCCCAGGGUGACUCAGGAGGACCCUUGGUCUGUGACCUGCAUGGGCUGUGGUAUCAGAUUGGAAUCGUGAGCUGGGGAAUUGGCUGCGGUCUCCCCAAUCGGCCCGGAGUCUACACCAACAUCAGCCACCAUGUCGACUGGAUCCUGAAGACAAUGGCCUGUAAUGGCUCAUCCAGGCCAGACCUCUCCCCACUGCUGUUGCUCCUCACUCUGCUCUGGACCCUCCAGUUUGUGGGCCUCCUUUGAGCCCAC